CGCGCGCUUCAAUUAUUUUGAUUACAUCGCCAGCAUCUUAUUACGGUUCUUAUUACACGUGAAAAUGGCAGCUCCUUUCAGCCCUCCCGUGCCGGAAAACGGUAAAAAUGCAGAUAAGUACAAGUACAGAUCACCAUUAGUUUCCCGAUAUGGAAGCCCGGAGAUGGCCUAUAACUUCAGUGAAUUGAAAAAGUUUUCAACUUGGAGAAAAUUGUGGCUAUGGCUAGCCAAAGGUCAACAGACCCUUGGUCUUGACAUCAGCAAUGACCAGAUCAAGGAAAUGGAGGCCAAUCUUGAGAACAUUGAUUUUGAUAUGGCUGCUGCAGAAGAGAAGAAAAGACGUCACGAUGUCAUGGCUCAUGUUUAUACGUUUGCACAGUGCUGUCCUAAGGCCGCACCCAUCAUUCACCUUGGGGCAACGUCGUGCUACGUUGGUGAUAAUACAGACUUGAUAGUGAUGAAGGAUGCCUUGACGAUCCUGCUCCCUCGCCUUGCACGUUGUAUACAGAGACUUGCUGUCUUCGCUGAUGAGCACAAGGCACUCCCCACGUUGGGUUUCACCCACUAUCAACCGGCCCAGCUGACCACAGUGGGAAAGCGUGCUUGCCUCUGGAUCUCUGAUCUCUGUAUGGAUCUACGUAAUUUGACCAGAGCCAAGGAUGAUCUCAGGUUUAGGGGUGUCAAAGGCACUACUGGAACACAGGCUAGCUUCCUUGCUCUGUUUGAAGGCAAUGGGGAAAAGGUAGACAUGCUGGAUUCUUUCGUCACCUCUCAAGCUGGCUUCACAAAAUCCUACAUGGUUACUGGACAGACAUACAGUAGAAAGAUUGAUGUUGACGUUCUUUCAGCCCUGGCCAGUCUAGGAGCAUCAGUCCACAAGAUCUGCACCGACAUCCGUCUUUUAGCGAACCUCAAGGAAGUGGAAGAGCCGUUUGAGAAGGAUCAGAUUGGAUCUAGUGCCAUGGCAUACAAACGAAACCCAAUGAGAAGUGAGAGGUGCUGUUCCCUAGCAAGGCAUCUUACCUCUCUGGUGAUGGAUCCUUUACAGACUCUUUCUGUUCAAUGGUUUGAAAGAACCCUUGAUGAUAGCGCAAACAGGAGGAUAUGUAUAGCAGAAGCGUUCUUGACGGCAGAUGUCCUACUCAGCACGCUCCAGAACAUUUCUGAAGGAAUGGUUGUAUACCUCAAGGUGAUUGAGCGCCAUAUACUCCAAGAGCUUCCUUUCAUGGCUACAGAGAACAUCAUCAUGGCUAUGGUGAAGGCAGGUGGCAGCAGACAGGAUUGCCAUGAGCAUAUCCGCACAAUGUCACAAGAAGCAGCUGCAGUGGUCAAGCAAGAAGGAGGAGACAAUGACCUCGUAGAUAGAAUCAGGCGGUCAUCCUAUUUUUCACCUAUUCACGAUCAACUAGACAAGCUCCUUGAUCCCUCCACUUUUGUGGGCAGAGCUCCAGAACAGGUCACCAAUUUUCUUGAGGCUGAAGUCAAACCAGCUCUAAAGCCAUUUGCCAGCUUUCUAGAUGGAAUAUCUGAACUUUCUUUGUGAAUUUAGACAGUGUCAUGUUGCUAUAGGCUUAUUCAGAUAUGACAAAGUUCAGCAGUACUUUUUGUUUACAAAUUGAAAAAAAGGGAGAAGAUGCAAGAGACUCUUGUUGCAAGUUAACAUCAAACUGCAUAAAUCAACUUUUUUUUUUCUAGUACAAAAGAGUAAGAUGUUUGAUCCAAUCCAGUUGUGUAAAGCUUGUCACAUAUACCAUGGUUUGUGACAUCAUAAUGAAAUCAUCAUUAUACAUGUACAUUAGUUUGUCAAUAAGACUUUGUACAAUUUCUUGAGACCAAAAGAUAUAGUGUAAACACAAUAAACUUAGCAGGUUUGUUUCGCAAUAUAUGUUGUAACCUUGUGCAGCCUCUGUCAGAUAUGGUGUCACAAAGUUUAAUAACAUUUUCUGUACAAAGAGAACGGGACAUACAUGUAAGGCAUGAAAAAAAAACCCACGUUUUUCUUCUUUUUCUUCCAUUAGAGUACAUCCUUCUUGUAGAGUCGAAGCUUUGUCGCACUUGUGCAGAAAAGUUGUAGUUGCAGGAACAUGUGGAAAGGAAGUAAAGUGAUAAAUAAAAUUUGUUGUCUAGCCAAGGUGCAAGUAAAAAUCUUUUGGCCUUUAGGAGCAAAAGCUUUCUGCCAAAGCUUUCUGCCAUAAGGCCUCGAUAAGCUUUUUUCCAAUCAGAUACAAGAAAACAGGUUAGCGUAAAGUACUGUAUACUGUAAUUGGUCAAAGCUGAGCUUGUUUUGCGGACAAACUCAUCUUGCAUAAAAAUGAUUUAUGAACGUGACUCGUGCCACCAGAAUGACAUUUUUUGACAAGUUUGGUGACUUUAAACAUGUAAAGCAAGUUGAUUUGCAUAAAUGAGGUGAUUUGUCUCUCUACUUCUGAACAUCAUGAAAGAAAAAGUGCUCUGUUCUUUGUCUCACCGUAUGUUAACGAGACUUUCAUGAUCAUAUUUUUUUUAUAGAAAAUAUGUUAAAUUUAAUAUAACAGUGACAUGAAGUUUGGGCUGAAUAUAAUUAUCAGAAUUGCUGGCAUUGUAGCAAUUACAUGUUAGAGUUUGAUAUACUACAUACUUGGUAACUGUGUUAUGUCCUUUUAGUACAUGAUGCUGUUAUUUUCCUGAAUAUACAUAUAUUUUCCUUAUGAAAGGAUUUCAAGCCUCAGUUUUUCUUUAUUUGCCUUGUGUAGAAGAUUUUGUUUUAAUAGUUCAAGAGCAUAAGAAUUCAUUUUUAUUCUUCCUUUAAUUUGUUUUACACCAUUUCUUACGCAUAAAACAAAGACAAUUAAUCAACGAUAAUGAAGCAUUGUUACUCUAUUGCUAUGAGAGAGGGGACAAUUUGCUCUGAUUUUAGUGAUAGUAGAUUUCAUACAAUAUUUUCCUUCUCGCUCAACUUAAAUAUCAUUGGAAGCCUUGCUAUUACUGUAGAUUUUCCAGCUUUUGGUCCACCUAUCCUAUUUUCAAAAGUGAUUGUUGUUAUACAACAGUAAUAGUCUUAGGAAUUAAACUAUCAUGUGUAUGUGAAAUCACAAUUUUAUUAAUAGCGACAUCACUUUUUCAAAGAUAAAUAGGGGCCUUUUUGGGUUCCCCUAUCGGUCAUUCCUAGGUCCACUUUGAACAUCAGUUAAAUGCUAAUAUUGAUGUUUAGUGACCACUAGUAUCAUAUUGGAGUAGAGUGGUUUCUUUCACAUGACUCAUAAUUAUUACUGGUUCUAGUUUCAGCUUGUCAUCAGCAUCAAUAGCGGGGUGGUACACUUCUUCCAUUCUGUAAGUUGAAUGUUCAUUUUGUUAAAAUUGUAUGUCUGAAAUAAUCCGUUACGAAUGGAAAAUACAAACUGCUAUCCUGGGGUUCACCUUGAAACAUACAUUUGAGUUCAUAAUAUGCCAUUUGCCACUGUUUGAAAUUAAUCAUUUAAUACAAUGUGAAAUUUUGUUGGAACGCCAGGGGCCUGUGUCAAGAAGCCUAGCGAUCGAUCAUACAAUUGAUUUUGUAUGGUUCAUUGCACAUCAAGCAAUAAAAGAUCGGUUCUCCAAUCAAGCAUUCAGCUUUGUGUAACAAGGGUUCUGUAGUAACUUUGGCCUCACACUUAGCCUCUUCUUUGGGCCAGUUACUCGUCGAUUUAUUGUGCAAGAGCUUGAUAUAACAUUCACUAUAAUAAUAAACAACAUUUUAUAGCACCAUUUAUCUAGAAAUAAUCUCUUCAGAGGCGCAAAUUAUUGUCACUUUGGCUUUAGCUCGAGCUGCCUUCCAGCGCUCGGCGCAUUCAAGGAAUUAUUCCUGCCGGGUACCCAUCGCCUCACCUGGGUUUAGUGCAAUGCAAUGAGGGUAAAUUUCUUGCUGAAGGAAAACACUCCAUGGCUGGGAUUCAAACCAUGACAUGCCAUAGUUAACAAAAUGUGUUUAUAUAUGGUUCUGCAGCUCCUUGAACAUUUCAGUAAUGCUAAUUGUAUCAUUUCUCAUUAGCCAAUUUAGAUAAAUAUUAAAAAAAGUAACUAGUAAUGGCUGAGAUGUUUCUGAAAGACUUCCAAACAGGUCGUAACGAUGUGUGUCUCUGAUCCUAGCACAAGAAUUUAUUUUGUCUCGGUUGAAUGGAGGUUACGCAUGGAGUGGAAUUACACAUAAUAGUGGAAUUCAAGCGAAGGAUUUAUACUGGAUAUGUGAAAAACAGUUGGAGAUACUGGUUAGUACAAUUUAGUCCAAUUUAGUCUCACUUAAGAGCUCUGUAACAUGGCUGCCAUAGCUGGGAAGCUUCUAAUCAUGGAGGUAAAAAGGAUGGAGUGACAAUGAAAUGCAAAUUAAUUAAUGUAGCUUUUGAUUUAUAAAGAAAAGAAUACACAGGUGCACUGUAGCCUAUGGUGGCGACUUGUGAUGUCGCCAGUUUCAUGGUCAAACUGAAAAGUGAUUUGUGUUAAAAAUAGAUAAUUGUGAAAUAUUUCCAAUUUUAUUUGAUCACAAAAUGGGGAUAUUAAACACAUGACAAAAUAUAUGUCAAAGUCUUAGUAUGUCCUGAAAUUGGGUGAAAUAUUGUGUGAUAAUAGUUUCAAAAUGUGAAAAACCUCAGAAUUUGACAAUUUUAAAAUCAAGAUUUACAAAUUUCCACACACUUCCUCAU